CUUCUCUGGAGAUGUGUUCUCGCCGUCUAUCGAGAGCACCGUCACACGAGGCAGUCAUAUGGUACGGGGUGCUUCGUCGAGCUCAGCGGAGCGCUGAGGCAUAUAUGCGAUCCGUAGGUCCCGGUCAUGAACGAACUUGCUCCGGACGUGUCAUUGACUGGUAAGAUUUGGUUCCUAUGACUAGGGGCCCUACUGACUGGAUGGAUCGGCAGGGAACCACGACUUUGACUUUGGUUUGUGUGAGCAUCUCUGUUGAAUGCCGGGGACGAACUUUGGUAGGAUACCGGCAACUGGUGGAACUGAUGAAGGCCACGACCUUUGUGCGUGUGCAGUGCUACCCCCAUGUCCGCUGUAAUCUGACUGGACUACAGCCAUGGAUCUCGAGCAACAUCAUCGAUGUCGACACGUCGGAAGUGCCGCCCAGUCUGAAUGCCUUCCAAAUUUUUGAGAGAAGUGGUUUGCGCAUCGGUGUUAUCGGACUCGUGGAGGAAGAAUGGAUCGGGACCGUUGCCAACUGGCCUGCCAAUUUUGUUCACAAGGACAUGCAACAAGUCGG